AUGGAAGAUAGUCUGCUGCUUGGUGUGGAGGGUAUCAAGAAAACAAUCUUGUAUGGAGGAACCAAUCAGAUUCCUAAAUUUAUCACAGGAUCUAAGGUGACGUUCCACUUCCGAACUUUGCUGUGCGAUGAUGAUCGCACCGUGUUGGACGACAGUAAGAAGGUUGGGGUACCUAUGGAGGUGGUGAUCGGGAAUAUGUUCAAGCUGGAGGUGUGGGAGACCCUGCUCAAGUCCAUGCGUGUAGGAGAAGUGGCUGAAUUCUGGUGCGACGUCAUUCACACUGGCAUGUACCCCAUGGUAGCAAAGAGUCUACGACGCAUAGCAGAAGGCAAAGACCCAGUGGACUGGCACGUCCAUACUUGUGGCAUGGCUAACAUGUUUGCAUUUCACACCCUGGGCUACGAUGACCUGGACGAGCUCCAGAAAGAACCACAGCCUCUCAUCUUUGUGCUAGAGCUGCUAAAGGUUGAGCAGCCGAGCGAGUAUCACAGGGAGUCGUGGGCACUAAAUGAUGAGGAAAGAUUGAAGGCUGUUCCUGUGCUUCAUGGUCAGGGCAACAAGCUGUACAAGAUGGGUCGCUUUGAGGAGGCCACAAAUAAGUACAAGGAGGCAAUCCUUUGCAUCAAAAAUGUCCAGUCAAAGGAGAAGGCCUGGGAGGCUCCCUGGCUGAAGCUAGAGAAGAUGGCCAACACUCUCACACUCAAUUACUGUCAGUGUCUCCUCCGCAUGGAGGAAUAUUAUGAGGUCAUCGAGCACACUACAGAUAUUAUCAAUCAGCAUCCUGGGGUGAUGAAAGCUUUCUACCUGAGGGGAAAAGCACACAUGGAGGUGUGGAACGAAGCAGAAGCCAGGGCUGACUUUGAGAGGGUGCUGGAUCUAGACCCGGGUAUGAAGAAGACAGUAAGGAAGGAGCUGGCUGUUCUUAACAUGCGUAUGGAAGAGAAGAGAGAAGAAGACAGACAGAAAUAUAAGGGCAUGUUCACCACCACAGCAGCAAGGCAAACAACUUCAGAACUGAUAAAUAUACAUCAAGAGCAUUCUAAACAAUCAACUACACGACAAAGACCUUCUGAACAAGCAACUCUAGAAGAAGCAAUUAUGGAAAUAAAGGAUCCUCAACAAACAAUACCUGAAGAAGUAGCUCCUACCAAAACAACCCCAAACAAAGCCAUUCCUGACAAAGUGGUAUCUACAACUGAAGCAGCAACCCCAGCAGAAGCUACUCCUGAGGAAGCCAUUAAAGAAAAAACAUCUUCCGCAGAAGCUCAUCCUGAAGAGGAAAUAUUUACUGCUGCAGCUUUUCCUGAAGAAGAAACUACAGAAGAAACAUCCCCUACAGAAGCUAUUCCUGAAGAAAAUACAGAAGAAACAUCUCUUACAGAUGUUCCUGAAGAAGAAACUAUAGAAACAUCUCUUACAGAAGCUAUUCCUGAAGAAACUACAGAAGAAACAUCUCCUACAGGAGCCAUUACUGAAGAAGAAACAUCUCUUACAGAAGCUAUUACUGAAGAAGAAACUACAGAGGAAAUAUCUCUUACAGAAGCUAUUCCUGAAGAAACUACAGAAGAAACAUCUAUAACAGAAGCUAUUCCUGAAGAAACUACUGAAGAAACAUCUCUUACAGGAGCCAUUACUAAAGAAGAAACAUCUUUAGACAAAACAACUCCUGAAUAGUCAACAUUUGAGCUAAAGUUAGACAUAUAAAGCAAGAUAAAGCAAGUCUAUAACUACUUAGAACCAGAGAUGUCCAAUACAAGUAACCUCUGAACAAAUACAUAUUGAAGUAGUGACAUGUAGAAGGUCUUUAAUAACAGUUUUUAAUUAUUAUUUAUCAGUGAAUGUUUCCAUUCAAUGUAUUUUUUGUA